AUGAUCCAAAGUAAGGAUUUGGAAGGCACUUUUAGAACAACAAGAAGGGCAUCAGCAUCUUCAAGUUCAAGGUUAACCAAUCAUGUUGAUGAUUAUGAUGAGGAAAAUGUCUCAUCUAGAACAAGGUUGUUGGUUGAGAUGGAUUCUGAGGACUGUUGUCCUUCAAUAUUGAUAUGUUACAAAUGCGGUGAGAAACUAAAAAACCUUACUGCUGUUGAAGCACACCAUAUCACUGAGCAUUCAGUCACGGAACUUGAAGAAGAUUCAUCUCGACAGAUUGUAGGAAUAAUAUGUGGAAAUGGAACAAAUUUGGUUAGUUCAGAAUUGAGGCAGAUUGAUUGUAUACUAAAAGUCCACAACAUGCCAAAAACACUUGCAUGCUUUGAAGAGUAUAGAGAAAUUGUAAAGAUUAAUGCCAACAAGCUGCAUGUUAAUCAUCCACGUUGCCUUGCAGAUGGAAAUGAGCUUUUAAUGUUCCAUGGUACCAACAUUGCAUGCUCUCUUGGCAUAAAUAAUUCUUUUAGCUUGUGUGAUUUAGAUUAUUGUGGUGUAUGUCAAAUUCUGAGGCACGGUUUCUCUACUAACAUGGAAUUUCAAGGUGCCCUAGGUGUUUACACUACUUCCAUAAGUGGAAAAGCUUUUGAAUCCAUUAUUAGGCUAUGUGAUGAUGAGGCAUUUACAAGAAAAUCAGUUAUAGUGUGUAGAGUAAUAGCUGGGAGAGUUCUUUGUCCUUUGGAAGAAAUUCAAGAAAAUGUUGAUUCCGGGUUUGAUUCAUUAGCUGGAAGAAUUAGUGUUUAUUCAGAUAUUGAGGAACUAUACUUGUUGAAUCCUAAAGCUUUGCUUCCUUGCUUUGUGGUAAUCUACAAACAACAAAAGAUGGAAAUUAGAAGGCGUCACUCAAUUGCUUAA